AAAUCUAAAUGGAUACCCAAUCUCACCGCCCACCAAACAGAGCCUUAAUCUUCUAACCAACGUUGUCGAAAAAAAAAAAAGGUCGCUUUUUUUUCUUUCUCUUUCCAGUUUUCUUCAAUUUGCUCUUUUUAAUUCCCGGCAAAGUUUUUAUUUUUAACUUCUUUUUUACUCGUAUAAUUCUUUAUUGAUGUAAUGGGAAAAAGAGCUUGAAGAAAAGUGUCAAAAAGCCAAAUCAAAGCCAAUAGCGAUGUUGAAAUCGAAACGAUCCCAUUUUCUCAACGUCUUCUCCUCUACUUCAAGUGCCAACCGCCUGAAAAUUCCAGUGGGAUUUAAGACGAAUUUGGAGGGAAGAAUUUCUGGGUCAGUUUUGUUAAAAGGACCCAGUGGGUAUGGUUGGGUAGUUGAAUUAGUUCAAAAAAAUGAUGACUUGUUCUUUGAUGAAGGGUGGGCCGAUUUUGUAAGAGAUCAUAGCCUAGAAUGUGGGGAUUUUUUGGUUUUUAGAUAUGACGGUGACUUGGUUUUCAAUGUGAAAGUGUUUGAUCAAAGCCUUUGCGAGAAAGAAGUUGCUUUCCAUUGUAAAUGCAGUCAAGGUGGUAGUGAAUUUGAUGGUAUUGUGGGGCAGAAGAGAGAUAGGGAGGAUGGAGGUGUUUCAUUGGAUCAAGAUUGUGAAGGGGUGUUAAAGAGAAGUAGAGGGAGCUCUUCCGAAUCUGAUGAUAAUGAAUAUUUUGGGCAUGAGCCGAUGCUUGCAACUAAAACAUGUGAGGGAUUAACUUCCUGUGAUGAAAACCAUGAGGGAAGCAUCCUGAAAACAACUGUUGAAGAUGAUGAUUUGAAUCUGCAUGGCAGUGGCUGUAUUCCGAUGGUAGGAGAGUUUGAAGAGAAAAAAGUGGCUCAAUCUUUUAAUUCACACUUUCCCUUUUUUGUAAGAAUUAUGAAAAGAUUCAACGUCAGUGGCUCAUAUACAUUGAAUAUUCCAUAUCAGUUUGCAAUGGAACAUCUACCAAAGUGCAAGACUGAGAUUGUACUUCGGAAUCUGAAAGGAGCUUGCUGGACUGUAAAUUCUGUGCCAACAACAAGAGUGCAUACAAGUCAUACUUUAUGUGGUGGAUGGUUGGGCUUUGUCCGUAGUAAUGAGAUCAAGGUUGGAGACAUUUGUAUUUUUGAAUUUGUGCGCAAAUUUGAAUUGUGCGUGCAUAUUCUUCGGGUUGGAAAGGAAGACCCGGAUAGGCAAAGGGGAAAAGCAGUUCCUAAUGUGCUAAUUGACAGGUCUGAUGCCACUAUAUCGAAGAAAUUUGUAAAAAACUCUUCUAAGGUCCACUCAGAACCAAAAAAAGUUCAAAUGUGCGAUAACAAAGGGUCUAAGAUGCUUGACAAAUGGAAAUAUGCUGCCAGUUUUGCGCUUUGCUCUUUGUCAAGAUCAGGCAAUGAUAAGCAAGAAGCAGCUAUUGGUGGUUUGAGAAUGAUGUUGGCACUUGAUGAAGAAAAAGCAGCUAGGUCUUUUGCUUCUGGUUUUCCCAAUUUUGUGAGAAUCAUGAGAAAGUUCAACAUCAGUGGUUCAUAUACUCUGAAAAUACCAUAUAAGUUUUCAAAGGCGUAUCUACCAUACUCCAAAACAGAGGUAGUUCUUCGGAAUCUGCAAGGCAAAUGUUGGACUGUAAAUUCUGUCCCAGACUCCAAAGGUCGAACGGUGCAUACCUUUUGCGGAGGCUGGAUGGCCUUUGUUCGUGAUAAUGACAUCAAAAUGGGUGAUAUCUGCAUAUUUGAACUUGUUAACAGGUUUGAAAUGCGUGUGCAUAUUUCUGGGCCUGGAAGAGAAGGGUUAGAUUUCCAACGUGCUUCUUUGUGAGGCAAUAUCUGCAAAUUCAACCUUCCGUUGGAUAAUAUGUACUGCUGCUAUUUUUUUUUUCCAGUUAAACGCUUAAUUAUGGAUCAAAUAUUUUAUU